AUGAAUGCAGUUAAAGUUCUGCAUUUGAAAGGAAAAUUAACAGCAAAUAUGGGAUUUUCAGUGAGGAGAGAAAAUUUAUGCCCUCGGUUGGAUCAAUAUCCAUCAGUUUAUAUUGAAGGAUUGGAUUUAAAAAUUAUUUCGAGGCAAGAUGGAGAAAGAGCUUUCAAAUUUUUACAUAUUGAAGAAGCAUUAUAUUUGAUUGAUGUUGGAACAUUGAUUUUAAUUCAUGAAAAGGACCCAAUGGAUAUUAAAACAAUAGAAGUGGACUCCAAGAGUUAUAAUGUUAGAUGUGGCAAUGUUAUUUCUACUGUUCAGGAGGCUUAUUCUUUAUUCCUUCGUUAUUCUAAUCAAUUGAAUUCACUGUACAAAUAUCCUGAGGAUUUACUAAACUCAUUUAUUGCCUAUUCAUACCUGAAGAAAUUGGGAUUUUCAGUUCAAAGACACUCUAUAGAUCACAUUAUUAAGGAUGAAAAAGAGUCAAAGAAGAGAAAGGUAGAGAACAAUACACCUAUUGAGACUAAACAAACAAAAUCUCAAUCUAAAAGAAAAAAGAAGGAGAGAAAGGCAUGUGAUUUCCCUAAUACAUAUCCAUAUACCAUGACUAAUCAAGAAUCAAUAGAUGUAUUAUCAGACGAAUCUAACAAACCUCUUGUAUAUAAUAUGAAAUUGGAAGACAGUCAAGAAUUGAAUCUCCAACAAUUAUUCAACACUCUCAAUAUUGUUCAACAUGAAAAAUUCAACUCUAAUGUAAAUAAUGAAACAGAAAGAAUAAUGUUUGAUGUUUGGAAAUCUGGAACUACAGAUCUCAAAAGUCCUCCAGCCAUGGUUGUAAUUAUUACCUCAUUUUCCAGAAGUACAGUUCCACCGAUAGAGGACGUUUUCAGAAUGCACAACAUGUUUGGAACUAUUCCAAUAUUCUAUUGUAUGGUUGGUGAUAGUGGUUCAAUACUUUUUAUGAAUAUUGCUCCAUUCGAAAUUGAAAAUUUAAAUAUGCCUUCUCAAAAUUCUAUUGCAAAUGACAAUAAUCAACAAGAGCAAGCAUUGAACUCUUUGAUUGUAUAA